AUGCAAUGAAAACAUUUUGUAGCUUUGUAGCAUCGAAGGUCACACGCGUGGUUUUGAACCGAUGUGUUACUGUAAGCUAGAUGAAAACCUUAAUGUUUAACAACAGAUUUAUUGUAGAGUCAGGUUCAUUAUACACUCAAGAUCUGUUUGUUCAAUGUGGUACUUUAGUGCGUGAGAGACCGGCUUAAGAAAUCGCUAGUGAAUCGUCUUUUUUAUUGUAAACAGUAUACGUCCAAAUUUAGGUAUGAAUAUGUUUAGACGUGUUUUUCAACUUCGAAAUUCCUUUGGAAAUGUAAUUUCAGUUUGCAAGUCGUGUCCCAGUCAUCAGUACUCCAAGUGUUUGUCAAAAUACUCCACUGCAUCUACAGAGAGGAAGAGAUUUUAUCAAGAUGUCAGCAUAUCUCAAGGAGAUGAUGGUUUGUAUGAAAUAAAUCUGGAUAGAAGGAAACUCAAAACUCCAGGAGGGAAGCUGUUCACAGUACCAAAUGAAGCCCUGGCUAUCGCCGUGGCAACAGAGUGGGAUGCUCAGAGGGGGACACUCAAGUUUUAUACCAUGCACCUUACCACUUUGUGCAACACGGCUCUGGACAACCCCACCCAACGCAACAAGGAGCAAAUGAUCAAUUCAGCGUUGAAGUUUUUGGAGACUGACACGAUCUGUUACAGAGUGGAGGAUCCUCCUGGUUUAGUGGACCUACAGAAGAACGAGUGGGAUCCGGUUCUGCACUGGAUUGAAAACCGAUACAAUGUCACUAUUGGAUCUUCAUCGAGCAUUCUGGGUCCUGAAAUUCCACAGGCAACCAAGGAAACUUUUCGACAGCAUCUCAAUUCUUACAGCCUCUGGUCCCUGACGGGACUUGAGUUUGUGAUCUCGCAGCUGAAGUCUAUUUUGCUUUCACUGGGGAUGGUUGACCGAUACCUGACAGUGGAGCAGGCGGUGCUGCUCUCCAGACUGGAGGAAGAAUACCAGAUAAGUCACUGGGGAAACGUAGAAUGGGCUCAUGACUACGACAUGUAUGAGCUCAGGGCGCGGACUGCUGCUGGAGCUCUUUUCAUUCAGCUUUCAUCUGAGAAUUUAACCGUCAAACACAAAAUUAUGCAAGACUAAUUACUCUUUUUAUUUGGCCAAAUCAAAAACACACACACUGCAAUCCACCCAAACAAGGAAUUCAGUCUUUUUCAGACUAAUAUCUUGACAACCAGUCGCACCGUCUUAUUCUGAAAAACCCUUUAUUUUGUUUAAGUGCUGGUUCUAAAUAACCUGUAAAACUUUGGACCCUAGCAUGCAGUUACAAGGGUGGACCCAGUGCUUUUACUUUGUAAUUUCAAGCCAUCUUUUCAUGUUACCUGUAUUUAAAUUCUGAUGCAUGCAAAGCUUGUCUUACUGUUUUUUGUUGUUUUUUUUGGUACAGGUUUACCACACCUGAGAAAAAAAAAUUAUUUGAAUAAAGGAAACACCUUGCAAGCAA